ACUCAGAUCUUCGGCGCACGUCGCCUGAACACACCGGAGGACAAUGAGAACAUGCUGGGCUAUGACUUGUAUAGUAGUGCCCUCGCGGACAUGCUAGCAGACCCUUCGCUCUGUAUGCCCAUCACCGUCGGCCUGUUUGCCAAGUGGGGCAGCGGAAAGUCGUUCCUGCUCAGCAAGCUACAAGACGAGAUGAAGGCCUUCACGAGUCAGGUUACCGAGCCGACGUUCGAAUUCACGUGGAUGCUCUUCUGGUUGGUGCUGCUGCUCGUGCUGCCACCUAGCAUCAUGUUGUCGGUGCACGCCGAGUCGUGGAAGGUUGGCGCCGUCAUCUGUGCAUCUGUGUUCAUCGUCGUCUACACGCUGCUGGCGGCGGUGUGGUACUGCACCAUCAAGCAGGCUAGCAGCUGGGUGUACUCUGCCAGCAUCUUCCUUGCCAAGCAGCUGAACUCCCUGGAACUCAUCCUACAGGUUGCCUUCUGCAACCGACCGGACAAGGAGUCACAGCAGAGCCACUGCCCUGUCCGGUGCACAUGGAAUGGAGACACGGUGCUCAUCGUGGCAGCUAAGACAGCUCACUAUGACAUCAUCAAGCUGCUGCUGGAUCGCUAUGCCGACGUGAACUUGUGCGGUAACGAGCGUAAGACUGCGCUGUUCCACGCCGUCGACAGAAGCCAUGUCGACAUCGUAGCGGCCGUGCUGAAAGCCAACCCUGACCUAGAGAUCGCCACCGAGGUGAUGUGUGUGUGA